AUGCUCCUCCCAACCACAGUCGCCCGCGUCAAAAAGAUCAUCCACGCCGAUGACGAAGUCGGCCCCUGCUCCAACAACGCCGCCUUCGUCAUCGCCUGCGCGACUGAGAUGUUCAUCCAGUACCUCGCCGAGAAGGCGCACGAUGUCGUCAAGUCAGAGACCAAGAAGCCCAGACGGAACGUCCAGUACCGAGACGUCGCUACAGCGGUCGCGCGCUUCGACAACCUGGAGUUCCUCGAGAGCGUGGUGCCAAGGACGGUGAAGUGGGGGGAUGUGAAGCGGCGCCAGGAGGCUGAGAAGGCGAGGAAAGAGCAGCAGGGGUUGGCGGCGAAUGGGCAGACGACGCUGGGGCUUGUGCGGGGCGAGAAGGCGCUGGAUGCGCAGAGUGAGGGGCGCGGGCAGGUGAAUGGGUAUGAUAGUGUGACGGCUGUUGAUGAUGAGGAGAAAGAGGAAGAGGGGGAGGAAGAGGGGGAGGAAGAAGGGGAGGAAGAAGGCAUCGAUGAAGAUGAGAUGGAUGUGGAUUCUGAGGAGACAGCUGGUAGACGCCGGGGCGACGACGCAGAAGAACAUCAGCUGGAGAUGGAGAUGAGAGGUCCGAGGAUGAAUGGAGCGGGCAACAGUGGAAGAACGGACACUGUUGGUAAUGGGACGGCUAUGGUGUGA